ACAGAAUAGACCCUAACCUCGGAGGGACACGGAUUGCAAAACAAGGGCGGUAUUCCGUUACUGUCCGACACGGCGACACCUCAGCCCUCAGGUAGCCCCGUAGCCGCCUAGCAGGGCCGUGCUCGAGAAAAUUAGGAGACCAACAGCACGAAGGGGGAAAAAAGGAGAGCAGAAAUCCCCAAUCCCUCCUCACUUCGACCCUUGCUCGGAAUCUCCCCGCAGCGUCCGGCUGAAUCCAUUCGAUUCACUCAUGGUAGGCUUCGUCUUCUUCUGCUGAUUCGCUGGAUCGUCUCCACCGACGCGGCUGCGCCCACACCUGCCGUCACAGCCAUGGAGCCGCGCAUCGGCAACAGGUUCCGCGUCGGCCGCAAGCUGGGGAGCGGCUCCUUUGGGGAGAUCUACCUCGGCACCAACGUGCAGACCAACGAGGAGGUCGCAAUUAAACUGGAAAAUGUUAAGACGAAGCAUCCUCAAUUGCUUUAUGAGUCAAAAUUAUACAGAAUACUUCAAGGAGGAACUGGGAUUCCAAAUGUUAAGUGGUUUGGCGUUGAGGGUGAUUACAAUGUUUUGGUUAUGGACUUACUGGGACCGAGUCUUGAAGAUCUUUUUAGCUUUUGCAACAGGAAGUUGUCCCUCAAAACUGUUUUGAUGCUUGCUGAUCAAAUGAUCAAUCGAGUUGAGUUUUUUCAUUCCAAGUCAUUCUUGCAUAGAGAUAUCAAGCCUGACAAUUUUCUCAUGGGUCUCGGGAAAAGAGCAAACCAGGUUUAUGUUAUCGAUUUUGGACUUGCAAAGAAGUACAGAGAUACAUCAACACACCAGCACAUUCCAUACAGAGAGAACAAGAACUUGACUGGAACAGCAAGAUAUGCAAGUGUAAAUACCCACCUUGGAAUUGAACAAAGCCGGAGGGAUGACAUGGAAUCUCUUGGAUAUGUACUGAUGUACUUCUUGCGAGGAAGCCUUCCAUGGCAGGGCCUGAAAGCUGGGAACAAAAAACAAAAGUAUGAAAAGAUCAGCGAAAGGAAAAUUGCUACUUCAACUGAGGCUCUCUGCCGUGGAUAUCCUACCGAAUUUGCUUCUUACUUCCAUUACUGUCGCUCACUGCGUUUCGAAGAUGCACCGGACUAUCAGUACCUGAAGAGAUUGUUCAGAGACCUUUUUAUUCGGGAAGGUUUUCAGUUUGAUUAUGUUUUUGACUGGACCAUUCUAAAGUACCAACAGGCACAGAUGACCACUGCUCCACCUCGUGCAAUUGCUCCAGCAGUAGGACAAAGCUCUGGGAUGGCUCCUGUGGCAAACAACAAUAGACAUUCAGGCACUGAAGAGGGAAGGAGAAGCGGGUGGUCUGACAUGGACCCAAUGCGACGCCAGGCUCCACCACCAGUUAUAAAUGCAGGCAGCCUAGCCAAGCAGAAGUCGCCUGUUCGGCCUGAGACAUCAACAUCGAAAGAUGCUGUGUUCUCCAGUUCGACUUUUUUGGGACGUUCAAGCGGAUCGUCAAGGCGGCCUGCUGUAUCUAGUAGCCGAGAGCUAAGCACUGAAGCGGAGCAAACACGUAGCCGCACAACUGACGCGAGCCCAGGGGCAUUCCAGAGGUCUGGAGCUCCACGGUGGAGCCCGCAGAUGCCUGAUUCCUCGGACGGCAGGCGUUCGUCUUCCAGCAGGCGCCACUCAUCUAACCCCAAGAACUACGAGUCUACCAUUAGGGGCAUGCAGGGCCUAAACUUUGAUGGCGAUGACAGGGUGCACUAUUAGCAUCUCAUCUGUCUGGGAGGGUGCAUCGCCUCCCCUCCCCAUAGAUGGAUGUACCAAGGACGGCCAGAUAAUAAGAGGUUUGGGUGAGUGAGCCCGAGCAGUCCGGGUGACGUCUCGUAGGAACUGUGUAUGCUGCUUAGCCUCUGUUGUUGUACAGGCUUGUCAUUUGUUUGGUCUGCGCUUACCGGUAGGGCGCGCCUUGUCCGGUGAACGAUGAUGGUGUAUUAUGAGAGGGAUUUCUUAAGGGGUUCACGUUUGGUGUGCUUGGGUUGCUUUGAUAGAAACAUUUGGGAGAGGUUUAUCGCGCCUGCUCUGCUCUCUCAUGUAACUCCAGAUUGCUGAGCUGGCACCUGCUCUGCUCUCUCAUGUAAUGUAACUCCAGAUUCCUGAGCUGCUAUGUUUUUUUUUAA